AGUGGGCUGUGUUUUGCAAAACCGAGACACGCACAGACAGAACCUGCGGUGGCUCCGCGCCAGGUGCCCGAGCAUGCGAGUCACCCUUGCUCUGACAGCCUGGGCGGUUUCCGUGGUCUCCAGUUACACAUAUUCAGCGAGUGGUUUACCAGAUAUCGACAAUGCAGCGUUUAUCAGAGACUGUGUUCACUUUCAUAACAAGCUCCGAUCAGAGGUGAAGCCGGCAGCCAGUGACAUGCUGUACAUGACCUGGGACCCAGUGCUAGCCCGAAUUGCAAAAGCAUGGGCAAGAAAAUGUCAGUUUUCACAUAACGUACAGCUGAAGACACCCCACUUGCUGCACCCAAAUUUCACGUCACUGGGAGAAAACAUCUGGAGUGGGACUCAGUCCAUCUUUUCUGUGUCUUCAGCCAUCACAAGCUGGUACAAUGAGGUUGAAUACUAUGACUUCAAGACUCGGGAAUGCAGCAAGGUCUGUGGCCAUUACACUCAGGUUGUUUGGGCAGAUAGUUACAAAGUCGGCUGUGCAGUACAAUUCUGUCCUACAGUUACCGGCUUACAGUUUCCCAAUGCUGCACAUUUUAUAUGCAACUACGGACCAGCAGGAAAUUACCCCACUUGGCCAUAUAAAAAAGGAUCCACUUGCAGUGCUUGCCCCCAAAAUGACAAUUGUUUGGACAAUCUGUGCGCUAGCCCACAGCGAGACAAACUCACACGUUACUACUCUAUUGUGUAUCCAGACUGGCCGUUAUAUUUACGUAAUAGAUACCUAUCUCUCUUUUUCAUUGUUAGUCCACUAAUACUAAUCCUGGCUGCUAUUAUUACCAUCUUGGUCAAGUACAAACAUUUAGUUCUUUUGGACUAAUACAAUCCAGAAAAAAAAACAAAACAAAAAACAGUUUACAGACUUGCCUGGCCAGUGUUGCUCAGAGGUUGAGCAUUGACCUAUGAACCAGGAGGUCACUAUUUGAUUUCUGGUCGGGGUCCAUGCCUGGGGUUGCAGGCUCAAUCUCCAGAACAUCGAUGUUUCUCUCUGUCUUUCCCUCUCUCUUCCACUCUCCCUAAAAAUCAAUGGGAAAAUAUCCUCAGGUGAGGAUUAAAAAAAGAAAAAAAGAAUUACUCCUAAAAUUAUGCUAGACAAAGCCUGCCUGAACAGAUUAGGUGCCAAGUACAUAAAGACAUAUAUACCGCUCUCUAGUACAACAUUGUUCAAAAAAUACAUAGAGAAUACAAUAAUUUAUAUUUAUAAAGAAUAGCCGUACAUAUAAAUACUCUUAUAAAGAAAAACACAUUCAGAAAAAAAUAAUCAGAGUAUUACUUCUUACACAUAAGGCAACUAAUGCCCUAGUAUCUAAAAGUCCUUUAUAAAAAGAGAUAGCUUAUUAGGUUCUAGUUCAAGGUGUGUGUGUAUGUAUUACUUUUUUUUCUUUUCUUUUCAUCUGCUUCCAUCUUAAGCUUAACUUCUUCAGCUGUGAGAGCUCCCAGUUUCUUAAUCUUUGCUUUCUUAACAUUUUCCUUGAUGGCGGUCAUGUCAAUUUUAGUUUCAAUAGAAGCUAGACAAAUAAAAAACACAAUUCUUUAGAUUUUACCAAAAAAAAAAUAAAGAAUAUAUAUUUAGUAUAAUCAGAACACUAUUAUAAUUGGAAGGUAAUGCUAUAAAAUAUAAAGCACCUGCCAUCAGCCUAAAGGAAAGUUAGAAAUGUCUUUAAGAGAAAAUAAUAAUAAAAUACUUUAAAAAUACAUUAGUGAAUAUAUACAUAAAAAUGGCAUUAUAGUUUAGCUAUCUGAACCAAUUACUGGAUUUAACUGAAUUCAACUACAUUUUUUCCCCUUAAAUCACACUUGAAAUCAUAUUUUUACUUAUAUUCUUUUCUAUAUUUUGGUACCUUAGAGUACUCAUUAAUAUGCCAAUUUUCCAUCUUGCAUGCUAAAAUAAUUAAAAAUUACAUUUUAAAAAUGUUUAUUUAUUGAUGAUAGAGAGAGAGAGAGAGAGGGAGA